AUGCGCACGCUCUUCUCGCCUCGCACUCUCGGACUGGCGAUUUGCAGUUCCUCUUCGCGCCUCGCCACAUCCCGCAUCGUUCAUCCUCGCAGCGCCGUCGCUGUUCCGGCUCGAUCGAUCAUGUCGCAGCCCAACUGGCAGAUCACCGAGAAGGUCAAGCAGAACGCCAUCCUGGCCGACACGAUGCAGGCGAUGCACCGGAUCGCGCCGCUCCAGCUCGCCGACACCUCGUUCGACAACGUCGGCGUCCUGCUCCAGGCGCCGCCCUCCCAGCCACGCGAGGAGAAGCAGGGGAUCAUGCUGGCGAUCGACCUGACGACGGCCGUGUGCGACGAACUGCUCGCGUCGCCCGACAACGUCAAGGUGGCUCUGGUGUAUCAUCCGAUCAUCUUCCGUGGGCUCAAGUCAAUCACGUUUGCGGAUCCGCAGCAGACGAGCCUGUUGCGGUUGGCCGCUGCCGGCAUCAGCGUGUACUGUCCGCAUACGAGCCUCGACGCCACACCGGGCGGGAUCAACGACUGGCUCGGCAAAGUCGUGUCGUCCGAGAAGCCGUUUGAGCAGCUCAGCACGGACAAGGCGCUGGACGAGCUCCGUGAAAGGCCAUGGCCGGUGCUUAGUGCGUCAAAGAACACGCCGAAAGGAUACGAGGCUGCCGGCAUGGGAAGGCUCAUCACGCUCGACCAGCCGCAGACGUUCGAGGAGAUGGUCCGACGCAUCAAGCAGAACCUCGAACUCGACCAUGUGCAGGGCUGCAAGGCUUCCGACACGCCCAUCUCCACCGUGGCCGUGUGUGCAGGCUCGGGCUCCAGCGUGUUUGCGGGCGUCAAGGCGGAUCUUUACCUUACUGGAGAGCUCUCCCACCACGAGGUUCUGGCGUACAAGGCCGCAGGAGCCUCGGUGAUCGUCACCAACCACACCAACACCGAACGCAAAUACCUGCGAGACGUGCUGCAGCACUGGCUCAGGCGCGAGAUUCCGGCGCAGUACUCGGUGUCGGUCUCCCAAGCCGACGCCGAUCCGCUGAGUGUAUUCUAG